AUGCUACUCACCCCCGAGCAACCCACACCACACGCACCUCACCUCCCUUUCGCUGUCUCCCCCAUCAACACCUGCGCUACUACGCUACUUCUCACCUCCAUUGCGACUCACCACCACGGUGGUGCAACCUUCACCUUGUCGACUACAGCAGGUCAGACCCGUGACCUGCGCACCUCCGUCAAGUUGACAGACCAAACCCCCCACACGCCCUCUAACGACCGUCACGAAAUUCACGAAAUCACGACCUCUUUUACUCAGCGUCAGCAGCAGCGGGGGCAACCGCAACCGCAACCGCAACCGCGAAACGUUACCCCAGAUCCUGCCGAGAGGCCGUCCACGCCGGCUUCGUCCCAACUCUCCCAACGCACCCUUCGGCGCACGUCGCGAUUCGAAGCCUCCCCGAGUCCUACACCGCAGUCCGCGCGCCAGGUCCACAUCGAAGCCGCCUCGCUCGGUUUCAGUCCCAGCCCGCAGCUUGCAACAACUGCACCUGCGCCCGCGCCUGCGCCCGCGCCCACGCCAGCACUUGCGCCAGCGCCGACUCUGAACUACGACUACCGACGAAGCUCACGUGCGAGACGAGUUCUCUCACAGGAUCUGAGCGAGGACGAUUUUGACCAAGAGUCCUCCGACGAAGCUCUGCAACACCUCGACCCGACAAUUUCAUCGUCUUCUCACCACCCUCGCGAAUCUCACCGCCCUCACCGCGUCUCCAGAAACACCCGCAGUGCGAUUCUCUUUGCCCUCGAGGAAGCGCUCCGACAACCCCACCCGUUCACGCCUGACGAAAUCGAAGAAGGCGCAUCUAUGGCUGAUCUGAUCGGAGGCGGCGCUGCCGUUUCCAACGGCAAUGCGUCCACCCCGAGUCGCCAGCGUACCACCGGCGUGCCUAACCCCACCAGCUCGCCUUCUGGUAUCCGUGGUCCUAGAAUGAUCAUGCAGGAGCGCGCUGCGAGAGAGGCAGCGCGGCAGAGAGCUGAGCAAGAACAGAUGCAGUUGGAGAGACAGCGAGCCGAGCAGGACGCUCGCCUAUUGGAGGAGACGCAGAGACGGAAUGCGGAGCGCCGCGCUGUCCCCGCCGUUACUGGCGCUGCCGUGGGAGGUUCGGCCGGUGGUGGCGCUACCAAUGUGCCCCAACAGGACCCCCCCGCCUCCCAACGCCGACCCGUGGCCACCGAUACCCCACAGACCCGAACCAACCCGGGAGGAAGCUCCCGCCAGCCUACCACGUCCCAGGCUCAGACUCGACCCGGCCGAACGGCGUCCACUUCCCAGCCUGGCCAGCAGCCCUACAGCACCGCCCCUCAGGCCGGCUCCUCUCAACAGCCGCCCAACACAUCGGUUCAGGGCGGCCAGGAGUCUGCCGCUACGGCAUCGCGACCUCGAAACUCUUUUCCUCACGCCUUCGAGCGUUGGGAGACCUUGUCCGCCCACUGGGAGGGCCUCACGAGCUUCUGGAUCCGACGUCUCGAACAGAACAACCAGGACAUCGAGCGCGACCCCGUCAACCAGGCGCUCUCUCGCCAGGUCACCGACCUUACUGCGGCCGGUGCCAAUCUUUUCCAUGCCGUCGUCGAGCUGCAACGUCUGCGUGCCAGCUCGGAGCGCAAGUUCCAGCGAUGGUUCUUCGAGACCAGAGCCGAGCUGGAGCGUGCCCAGGAAGUGAACGCCAUGCUGGAGGCGGCCCUUGAGGAGGAGAGACGUGCUAGAGAGAACGCUGUCCAGGCCGCCAUCCAGAAAGAGCGUCAACACUCUGCCAACGACGAGCGUGUCAAGGAGAUGAAGAAAGAGCUCCAGAUCUCCAAGGAGGAAGCCCGUCGUGCCUGGGAGGAGCUUGGUCGACGUGAGCACGAGGAGCGCGAGCGAACCCAGUCUCUUCAGAACGGCCAGCCCACCAUCGUGGGGGGCGUCCAGGUCGUCCCUAUGACCCAGGGUGUCCCCAGCCGCCACGGCAGCUCUCGCGAGCAACGCGGGUACCAGCCCGAGUACAGCGGCCAGCAACAGGCCAGCUACAGUGCCGAGUACUCGCAAGCCCCUGGCGGUCAGUCCAAUCCCGCGGGAUCCAACAACUUCUACCAAUCCGGCGAGGCGGGCCAGGGAGGUGUCACUUACACAGGCGCUGGUUCCGAGGGCGGUUACUCUGAAGGUGAGUACGCUAUUGAUGCGCAGGGCCAGUUCAUUCGCGACUCCCAGGGACACAAAGUCCCCUUCAUUGCUCCGCCCUCCCCAGUUUCUGACGAAGGCCUAGAAGAGUAUGAGACUCCCGCGACCAACCCUCCCAGUGCCGGCUAUUCGCAGACUGCCACCACCUCGGCUGGAGAGCAGCAGCAGCAGCAGCCGUACACUGGUCAGGACUACAGUGGUUCUGGGUACGCCGCUCCAGGCUGGGAGACGGUUCCUCGGCACCAUCACCCGACUCGGCUCAGCGAUGUCAUGGAGGAGGAUGAGCGUAGCCGCGCCAGCAACAGUCAAGUCGGUCGUCAUCACUAG